AUGUUCGCACGGAAGACAAUCCUGCUGAUUGUGCUUCCCGAGGACUUCAUCCGUCAAAGCUUCUGGAGCAUCGACUGUGGUGGAAAGGUCCGUCCUGGCUGGCCACACCCACCUCUUAGUGGCCACCUUCUACAAGCAAGUUCAGCGAAUUCGGCAACAUUCCUUACGUCUGAAGAGUUGCUGGACGCACAGCGCCGACUUAUUCGACAUGUGCAACAAAAAUCCUUUGCCAGAGAAUAUGCGCAGCUAGAGAAUCGACGCCAGCUUAACGCUAAAUCGCAUCUUAUCCGGUUUUCUCCGUUUCUGGAUGAUUUUGGAGUAAUGCGAGUCGGUGGGAGAAUCGAGCAAUCUACACUCAACUACAACGCCAAGCACCCGAUUCUGAUACCUAAAGAUACACCACUAGCUGGACUGCUGGUUCGACAUUUUCAUGUCUCCUAUCUGCACACAGUUGAUGCAACGUUCACCAAUCUUCGUCAGCAGUACUGGAUUCUGGGAGCCCGCAAUCUCGUCAGAAAGGCAGUCUUCCAAUGCAAAUCCUGUUUUCUUCAACGAAAGGGCACAAGCAACCAGAUCAUGGGAGAGCUACCAAUUCCUCGAGUUCAAGCUAACCGCUGCUUUCAACACACAGGACUGGACUACGCUGGACCGAUCGCAAUCAAGGAAUCAAAAGGAAGAACUCCACGCAUCGGAAAGGCAUGGUUUUCUAUUUUCGUGUGCCUCACUACAAAGGCACUUCACAUCGAGGUUGUUAGUGAGCUAACUACACAGGCUUUCAUCGCAGCCUUUCAACGAUUCAUUGCCCGCCGAGCGAAGCCUACUGACCUGUAUUCGGACAACGGAACUACAUUUCAUGGAGGCAAGCGAACUUUGGAUGACAUGAGACGUCUGGCCAUUCAACAAGCCAAAGAUGAGGAACUAGCAGGAUUCUUUGCCAAUGAAGGGAUUUCUUGGCACUUUAUACCCCCGUCUGCUCCCCAUUUUGGAGGGAUGUGGGAAGCUGGAGUUCGCUCAAUUAAACUCCAUAUGAAACGGAUACUUGGAUCAAAGGCUUUAACGUUUGAGGAGCUCUCUACUGUCCUGACCCAAAUUGAAGCUAUCCUGAAUUCACGCCCGCUGUGCCCAACUGGGGAUAAUUCUUUGGAUCCACUGACGCCUGUUCAUUUUUUGACUGGAUCUCCGUAUACUGCAUUGCCUGAACCCUGUCGUCUGGAUAUGCAAGUCAAUCGAUUGGAGAGGUGGAACCAGCUGCAAGCCAUGGUUCAAGGCUUUUGGAAAAGGUGGCAUAUGGAAUACCUGACAUCUCUUCAUGAGCGGACAAAGUGGCAUCUGGAAACCGAGAAUCUGAAGAUCGACACACUGGUAGUACUCAAGGAGCCCAAUCUACCGCCCUCUAAAUGGAUUCUUGGCCGCAUCACCGCUGUGCACGCAGGAAUCGACAACAAGGUCCGAGUCGUUACAGUAAAGACUGCUCACGGAUUAUACAAACGGCCAAUUGCCAAAAUCGCUGUACUGCCUCUCUGCUGA